UAAAUACGAUCCUACCUUAUUUAGCUAGCUACCGUUGCAUGUCAUUGUUCCUCAGUAAAAGACGCAGUUAUUGCUACAGUUAGUUGGUAAUGAAAUACCUGAAACGUAACCCUGAUCUCCUCGGAAAAUAGAAUAUGUUUGAUCUACUCCUUAAAUCAAUGGAUCACGAACAAAUUCAAAGUAAAAGCAGACGAAAUAUGUCACCACUGGUUAGGUUUAGGUGACACAAAGUGUUACCGAGCUUGUUGGUUUCAACGGAGUUCCCGAUGUUUGUCAUCUACAUGGAUAUCAUUGUAUACCGGUUGUGUGUACCUGUCAGACCGCUUCCCCGUCUGGACUCCCUGAACUACAAAACACUCGUUCUGCUUUCACAGCUCAACACGGCUGGUUCUUGAUCACACUCUGUAGGAGACUCAUUGCCUUCUUAGCUAGUCUUACUGGAUGUGUUAUUUGUCAGUGCCUCAAGUAAGAAGCAGGCACAACGUUUGUUUAGAAUUAACAACAUAUUUACUGGUGAAGACAGAAAUAUAGCUCCUCUACCGUUUCAUCUAUUAUUGGGAGCAUUUUUUUUCACACUAGAUGCUUAUUAUUAUUUUAUUAUUAUAAAGAUAUGUUAAUUGUAUUGUAUUAAUGAUUAUUUUACUUAAAAGUACUUGCAUGUCAUGCUUUCCCUGCGAAGAAGUAAAACAAAGAGGCAAUAAACAACUUGAGAAUGUCAGAAGGGGACAGUGUUGGGGAGUCAAUCCAUGGAAAACCAUCUGUAGUGGCUGCCUUUUUCACACGGAUUGGACAGGUCUAUCAGUCAUGGCUAGACAAGUCGACUCCAUUCCAUGCAGGGCGAUGGGCAUCUACUCUACUAUUUACUGCUGUCUACAUGAUCAGAGUGUACAUACUACAGGGUUGGUAUAUAAUAACGUAUGCUUUGGGAAUCUACCAUCUCAACCUGUUCAUUGCUUUUCUAUCGCCAAAAGUGGACCCUUCACUGCUUGACGAAGAUGAGGGCCCAUCCCUUCCCACCAAGCAAAACGAGGAGUUCCGGCCUUUCAUCAGGAGGUUGCCUGAAUUCAAAUUCUGGCAUUCGGCAACGAAAGGCAUCGUCAUCGCCAUGAUUUGCACGUUUUUUGAAGCCUUCAAUGUGCCGGUGUUCUGGCCUAUACUUGUAAUGUACUUCAUCAUGCUCUUCUGCAUCACCAUGAAGAGGCAGAUCAAGCAUAUGGUCAAGUACAGAUACCUACCCUUCACGCAUGGAAAGAGGACAUACAAAGGCAAGGAAGAAACAGGGAAACCUUUUGCUAGUUAAAAUCUCCCACUUUACAUUUCCCUCCUCAUUUUAAAUUUAUCGGCCACAGUUUGUGGUGCGUGACGAGGGUUAGAGAUUGAUUUACCUUUUUGUAAGCAGGACAGAAACAAAACAUGAAAAAAUAUAAAUGUUGAUCCAUGGUUCAGAUGAGGAUAUGACCAGCGUGGAUCAAAUUAGUCUGGGAAUAUUGCCUUUGUCUAUUUAGGGGGUAGGGUUUUUUUUUCUUUUUUCUUGAGGACCUUAAUCCUCAUUUUAGGAUUGGUCUGCUAUUGUUCAGAAGUAGGUGAGACUCAGUGCUGCCUUUUGCCUUUUAACCCUGUGGGGUAAGUAUAAAGUCACCAAGGAGGAACCACACUGAAAAAAGUUGGCGUGAAAUGUGUGAUUAUUUCUUUCAAUGAUGGGGAUUCCAGUACAUCUCCUUCUCCCAAAUGAAAUAAAUUUGCCAACUUUUGAUGAAUAUAUUGGUACCUACUUAUUUGUAACACGCUAUAUAUUGAAAGUCGGUAGUGUUAGAAACAUGACACGAUUAAAUGUGUGAGAUGAAGCUGAAGGAAAUGAAAUGUCUUUAAGUGGAAUCAUUUCAUCUUCUGUGAUAAAUUAGUGCGGCUGCUCUGGGUCACAAGUGUCUCAGCCGGUCCUCUGUACUCCACGCAGGAACUUGGACAAAUUAGUCGCAUUUCACUUGAAUAUGCAUUCAUGACAUAAAGCAGUUAGACACCUAUCAUAAUUCAUCUAUUGAAAGGAUUAGCCUAUACUCUGCAAAUAAUUUUAUAUUUACAUUUUUUAUUUAUCUUGAAUUGGCACCUAACCCAAUAUUUGUGUUGCCUGAUUCUCACGAGCAUAGCCAGUGGAGCGCGCAUCAUUAUGGAUGAUUAACAGGGACUUGAAUCUGUAGCCACCCACCACAUCACUGAAUGUGUUGUUCAAACUGUCACUGAUCCCAACCCAUUUAGUCUCCUGGAGUCGGUGGUCCACCGUCACUUCUUUCUGAUCUAGUGCUUUUGUAGAGCUGGGAUACGUGUCGUUGACCACCUCUAUGAACCAAAUUACAUCGCAUUUUUUUAGGAUGCAUUUAGCUUAAUAUGGCAAGUCAAUGAAUUUGGUUUUACGUCAGAUCUUUAGACCAUUAUGUGUAUUAUUAUUAUUCAAAAUAUACUUUGUCUUCAAAUUGUACAGCCAGUAUUCAAGUCCAAUUCAUGACGAGGUCUAAUCUGAAAUAAUAGUUCAACAACUACACAUUUAUCCCGAAGACCUUUUCUCUUUGAAACAUUUACCCGUCUAGGUUUCAAAGCCUGGGGUCCGUUCAAUUUAUGUCGACUCGAUGUUUUGGUACUUCAAAUCUGUGUUUACUUUGAAAAUAUUUGGUAAAUAUAGUCAUUCCAAGCAAACUUUUGUUCUCUUUCUUUUGCAGAGGAAACAUAAGAACACAGGGAUUGAGAGCUUUUAUUAUAACAAAUGGAUGAAGUGGGUGGCGAGCACUCUUUUCUAUCAACCUGUUGAUUUGUUUUUCUCCAUUUUUAUCGGAAUGCUGGGGAUAAUCUGUCAUUAAUAAACUUUGGUCAGCACUGUAGUAAGGGAUCAAAACAUUUUCCUGUAAAAAGUUUGUUUCAAAGGGUUGUCUGUAGGAUUUGUGUAUAUAUAUAUAUUUGAAAAUAUGAUAUUUCUUUGAGAUUAUUUUUCUUUUAGUUUUUUCUUUCAACCACCAAACUGUUUCCAAGUGUUUAAAUCCAUUUCAGUUGAAAUUGAUGAAAGCAGAACUGGUUAAUUGGGUUCUAGAUUGGAUGAAUUAAAUGUUUCUCAUAGACUGCAUGUUAGUGUUUUCCUGUGCUACAGUUAUAAACAAAAACUUGAUUUUAACAACUUAAGUGUAAUUUUUUUUCACUCCAAAUGCUAUUAAAGAAGCGGUGUCCCUUCAAACAGUA